GAUAAUAAACACCGGAGAAAGGGGGGAAAGUAAAAGUUGAAGCUAAGAGAUAAAAGGGGAGGAGAGAUUUCCGAGUUCUCUGCUGAGAUUUCAAUCGAUCGAAGAGAUGAAGACGACGAAGGGAGGGAAAGUAAUGAACCCCACCGACGCCUAUCGGAAGGAGCUCCGCAAGAAGGAGCUCAAGAGGAACAAAAAGGAACGCAAAAAGGUGAGAGAGGUCGGGAUUCUGAAAAAGGACCCUGAGACCAUCAAGGAGCAGAUUGAGAAGUUAGAGAUGAUGAAAGCAGAUGGUGCUCUUGACAAGGCGAGAAAACAUAAGAAAAGGCAGCUUGAGGAUACAUUAAAUCUAGUUAUGAAGAAAAGAAAGGAGUAUGAGGAGAAAAUGCGUGAUAAGGGUGAGGCACCGGUGAUGUUCAGCCACUUAGGCCCUCCCAAGAGGCGCCCAGAGGAAGAGGAUAGAGUUAAACACCCAAAGCCUGAGGAUUCUGUGUACUACCAUCCUACGCUAAAUCCAACUGGAGCACCACCUCCUGGAAAACCUCCAAUGUAUAAAUCUUCAAUAGGGCCAAGAAUCCCACUGUCUUCAGAUCCUGGAGCAUCUUCUUCAACAUCUGAGCUAGAAGAUGGCUCUCUGGCUAUGCCACCUCCCCCUCCACCACCACCGUUACCAGGUUCUGGUGAAUCAAUUUCGGUUGACGAUCCAAGUGUAGCACCUCCACCAAUUCCUUUACCUCCUCCAGCUCCCCCUAAACCGGUUGUUAAUCCAAGUGCUCCAUUGCCCCCGCCUCCACGUCCACCACCGCCACCAGGGCCUCCUACUGGUCCAGUUUCAGGCCACAUGUCACUUCCUCCACCACCUCCACCUCCUCAACGUCCUACACAACCUGCUCCACCAGGGACCUCUGUAAAAGAAACAGAGGAAAAUAGAAAUGCAGCUGUUGAUAGCAUGCAUUCGAAAGAGUCUCAGAAGGCAAAUGGUCCCUUCCCUCCUCCACCGCCUCCUGGAUUGGCAUCAAAACCAACAGACGAUCACUCUGAAGCCAUUCCUCCCGUAGCCAACUUCAACACUAGUUCAGGCAUGAAGGACAACUCUAAGGCAAUGCCAUUGCCACCACCACCUCCACCACCAAGGCAGCCACCGCUACCUCCACCACAAAGACUUCCCCUUGCUCCUCCACCUCCUCCUGACAUGCUGCCACCUGGCAUGGUUCGUUAUCCACCACCACCACCACCUCCCCAUGGGAUCCCUAAUCAGCUUCCUCCUCCGCCUCCUCCUGGAAUGAUUCCUCCUUCAAUGGCAAGACCACAUUUUGCUGGGCCUCCUGGGCCACCGGGUGGUUUAAUGCCAAUGGCUUCAGGACUCCCCUUUGGUCCAGAGGAUGAUCCUCUGGCUUAUAGGCCUGCUGCUCCUCAGAAGCCAUCUUAUGUUAAGUCUGCCGCAUCAACGGUUGUCAAGAGACCACUGGCACAGCAUACGCCAGAACUUACGGCAAUGGUUCCUGCAUCAGUGCGUGUGAGGAGAGAAUCAGCAGUUCAGAAAACGAAACCAAAACCUCAGCUAUCUGCAUCUGCAUCACCAGCUCCAAGGCCUUCCGCUGGUCCAGUGGUCGUGGGAAAACCAGAGGCAGCUGUGGCAGCACCAUCAGCAACCAAAGGGCAGAGCAUCGAUGACUCUUAUAUGGCUUUCUUGGAGGACAUGAAAGCACUUGGUGCUCUUGACAGCUGAGGAUGAUGAAAGAAAAUCAAUCUUAGAAUGUAAAUGAUAAUUGGACAAAAUAUCCUACUUUAGAGUUUUCUAUUUCUUGUUGGAAUUCCCAUUUUAUGAUGGAUUAUUGUAUUGGUAUCAGAUCAUCUGUUACCAACUUCAAUAUAUCCCCAAUUGGAGAAAAAUUUGUCAACUCUUUUGAAAGUGGCUUCGGAAACAUUUGUUGUACUCUGAACAUUAUUAGAUUAUGAAACUUCAAACUGAAAGCAUUAACAAAGCAUGACUGCUGUCAGUAUUUUUUUUAUUCA